AUGUCCGGCAGAGAAGCUUCUGCCAGUUCGCGGCGCCAGCCCUCGGACCACCUGGAUGUAGCAGCCGGCUCAUCUUCUCGCUCCUCGAGUCGCCAGCCAUCUCGCUCCGGAUCAAGGCAUCGCAGCGAAAAGUCAGCAAAGCAGCCCGUACGCAUCGGGCAAUACAUCUUGCAGCAGACGCUGGGAGCGGGAUCGUUCGGUAAAGUCAAGCUGGCAACCCACGCUCUCACGGGUCACCGCGUCGCGAUGAAGAUCAUCAACCGUCGCAAGAUCUCGAGUCUCGACAUGGGCGGCCGCGUAAAGCGUGAGAUCCAGUAUCUCAAGCUGCUUCGACACCCCCACAUUAUCAAGCUGUACGAGGUCAUCACCACACCCAACGACAUCAUCAUGGUGAUCGAGUACGCAGGUGGCGAGCUCUUCCAGUACAUUGUCGAUCGUGGCCGCAUGCCUGAACAUGAAGCGAGGCGAUUCUUCCAGCAGGUCAUCUGUGCCAUGGAGUACUGCCAUCGACACAAGAUCGUCCAUCGCGAUCUCAAACCGGAGAACUUGCUGUUGGACGAGUACCUCAACGUCAAGAUCGGCGACUUUGGUCUGUCCAACAUCAUGACCGACGGUGAUUUUCUCAAGACCAGUUGCGGGAGUCCCAACUACGCCGCGCCAGAGGUGAUCUCAGGCAGGCUGUAUGCCGGACCCGAGAUCGAUAUCUGGUCGUGCGGUGUCAUCUUGUACGUCAUGCUGUGUGGCAGGCUGCCCUUCGACGACGAGUACAUCCCUACACUGUUCAAGAAGAUCAACAACGGUAUCUACACGCUUCCGAGCUACCUCUCGCAGGAAGCGAGGCAUCUGCUCAGCCAGAUGCUCAUCGUCGAUCCGGUCAAGAGGAUCACGAUCCAGGAGAUCAGGCAGCAUCCGUGGUUCAACGUCGAUCUGCCGGCGUACCUCAGGCCUCUGCCGCCGACGCCUGCGGCUGAGAAUCGAGGCUUCGACUUCGGCAUGACGGCUUCGCCCGCCGAUACGGGAUCACCGGCUGAUGUAACAUCGCCGACCAAUUCGAGCUCGGCGGCCAACAGCGGUGCGUCUUCGCAGACCUCGGCACCAGCUAGUAGACCGGGUAGUCAGCCGAUCGCCGCCGGCGAUCUGGGGAUGAUCGAGGACGACAUCGUCGAUGAGCUGGUCGGCAAGAUGGUGGGCUUCAAUCGGGAUGAGCUGAUGCACCACCUCUUGGAGAAGGGCGACAACCAGGUCAAGGUAGCGUAUCAGCUGGUGCGCGAUCAUCGACGCAUGCUGCAGAUCCACCAUAUGGAGGACGCGCACGGUAUGGAGAUGUUCCUGGCACAGAGCCCGCCUGCGUGGAACGAAGGGUUGGAGGGCUUCAUGGGUCGAUCGACCAGCAUCAAGCGCAAGAACCGGGACAAGGAUGCCGCAGCUUCGGCGGUUGCAUCAAACAAGGAGCAGGUUCCGCCGUUGCCGCCAUCGGCACAGUCGCAGGCACAGGCGCAUGCGCAGGCUCAGGCACAGGUGGCGGCGGCAGGUGUGGGCGAAGACGAGGGGGAUUCGUUCAUGGCCGAUGCCGCAGAUGCGGAUCCAUCGGACGACGGGAAUGAGACGCUGGCGAGUGAUGAGGAGGAUGUGCUGACCGACGACGAUGGCCAGCUGACGGACGUGGAGGAUGGGGCGGGGGACAGGAUGGUCAGGAUUGCGGUGCUCGAAACGUCGCUGCCAGGGUAUCUGCGGGCGAGGGAGGCGGAGAGGUUGGCGACACCGUCUGCGGAAAAGACAUCGUGGCCGGCGUGCACGCCCAUCUCUGGUGCUCCGACGCCGGCUCUGCCGCCGGCGUCGACGGCGCAGAUCCACAAGAAGCCGCGCUCGCGAUGGCAUUUCGGCAUCCGAUCGCGCAGUCCACCGAUGGAGAUCAUGCUCGAGCUGUACCGCACGCUGCAGUCGCUGGGGAUGGAGUGGAGGGCAAAGCCGGUGGCCAAGCGGGGCAAGGACCGCGAAUCCGACGGGGCGGCAGCAGCAGCAGCGGGGGGCGAGGCGCAGGACAAGGGGCAGGACGGAGGAAGUUCGGCGGCCAGCAAGGGCGAAGAGCUGUUCUUCCUAGAGACGCGCUGGAAGGUAGGGCAUGUGCUUGUGCGCAUGGAUUUGCAGCUGUAUCACGUGGAUGCUACGAACUACCUGGUCGAUUUCCGCAACGUCGGGUACACGAAGCUGGAAACUCAAGGGGAAGGUAGCGGAGCAGCGGAGGAAGCAGACGCCGAGGUGGGUCAACUGGAAGCAGCGUUCGACAAAGCCAUGAUCGAGACGCAGCAGGCGUUGCGAGACGGACAGCACGCCGGAGCGCAGCACCGGUUCGACGGGACGAGGAUCAAGCCGAGCCUGGCACCGGCGGUUCCGGCGGGACGCAAGGAGGUCAACAGUCCGUUCUUGUUUUUGGAGUGUGCUACGCGGUUGAUCGUCGAGCUGGCUGGAGGGGCGUAG